ACACUUUUGUUUUCUGCCACAAUGCCCACAAAAAUUCAAAUCUUUGCCAGAAGUGCGCUGGUGAAACCUGUGACUGUUAAUGUAGGAAGAGCUGGAGCUGCGAAUCUUGAUGUGAUCCAGGAGGUAGAAUACGUCAAACAAGAAGCAAAGAUUGUUUACCUCCUCGAGUGUCUACAGAAAACCUCUCCACCGGUUUUAAUAUUCUGUGAGAACAAGGCUGAUGUUGAUGAUAUUCACGAGUACUUGUUACUGAAAGGAGUGGAAGCAGUGGCCAUCCAUGGAGGAAAAGAUCAAGAAGACAGAGAGUACGCAAUCUCUUCGUUUAAGGCUGGGAAGAAAGAUGUCUUGGUCGCAACUGAUAUUGCUUCAAAGGGUCUGGAUUUCCCUGAUAUACAACAUGUCAUCAACUAUGACAUGCCAGCAGAGAUUGAGAACUAUGUGCAUAGGAUAGGACGAACAGGUCGGUGUGGUAAAACUGGGAUAGCAACUACAUUUAUAAACAAGAAUCAAAGUGAAACCACACUGCUCGAUUUGAAACACUUGUUGCAAGAAGCCAAACAGAGGAUUCCGCCUGUCCUUGCUGAGCUGAAUGAUCCAAUG